AUGGACGAGCGAACCAAGUAUUUCGAGAAAAGCAAAUUCCUUUCUCGAUCAACAAACUGGGUCGUAGAGAGGCUCGUUGCGAAUUUGAAUUAUGUCUUGCGGAUUGACAAAUUUGUUGAGAUACCAAAGUCAUCUUAUCUUAGUAAUUAUCGCUUGACAUCUAUCUUUCAUUCAUACUACGCUUAUUUCCGCUGGAACAAAGAGACACAAACAUAUGUUACAAUUCAGCGACUAGACGACAUCGUUGUCUUUCGUAAUAAAGAACGGCUUUCAGUGUUUAUCGGCCGCGGUUACAAGAGCUUCGUAUUACAGUUUCUUACACGUAAACUCAUAGCUUUAAGAUCUCGUGUAGAUCGUUUUGACGUUAAUGCUGGUCAUAGCAUAAUUGAACGUGUUCCUGGUUUAGACAUUCUUGACUCGGAGGGAGCGGUGAGUCAGGAGGAAGUCAAAGAGUUUAUUGAUGAUGCUGUGUGGCGGACGUUAUUGUCCUCGAAUCUCGACGCAACGAAAAGG